UUGUGCUCAUCGCUGGUUUGUCUGUGCAUUUCCCUGCGUUUUUCUGUGUGGGUUCCCCGAGUCUCCCCGCAGCUCCCUUUCAAGUCUGUUGUUGUUAGUUGUCUCCAGUUUAGGUUAUCCUCAGGUUCUGUUUCAUGCCCACUGCGUUUCUGCGUUUUUAUUUCACCUCCCUAAUAAAACUCCCUUGCAUCUGAAAGCUGCCUGCAUUUUGGGUCCUUCAUUAAAUUCCACACUGCUUGCCCCACGAGCCGUGUCAAUAACUUUCUUAUUUGUUGCAGACUGGAGACAGCUGGGAUCAACUGGCCAUUCAAGAAGAACGAUUACCAGGCUGCUGAACACUGCCUACUGCAGCCCUAUGCAGUGUCUAAGAACUCGUCCACAAACUCUAUCCGGUCCAGUGACUUUGUUGGGUUUGAUGUGGCUCAGGGGUCGCUUCAUUUCGUGGGUCCCUGUCACCAAUGCAGAUGAUGGUACUGCCAAUGGAAAGAAACCUUCUCUUUUAAGCAAUGGCAUAUCAUGGUUUUUUAGAAAUUCUUCCAAGUACACAAAUAUCAUCUCCAACAGUGAUCUGAAAUCUGAAGGACCUCCUGCUGUCUACCAACUGAGACCAAAGGAAGAGCAGUUUGGGACUCUGACAAAAAUGACUUUUGGGAAAAAAAAUCCAAACAAGCCAAAUAAAACCAUCUUACUUGUGGGGGAAACGGGAGCAGGAAAAUCUACCUUGAUCAAUGCUCUAGUCAACUUCACUAUGGGGGUAGAGUUUGAGGAUGAAGUUUGGUUUCAGAUUGUAGAGGAGGAGAAGAGAAGUCAGACAGAAAGUCAGACAUCAGAUGUGAUUGUGUAUGAGAUCUUUGGUUUUGAAGAUAAAACUCUGCCCUACUCUCUGACCAUCAUUGAUACUCCUGGAUAUGGAGACACCAGAGGUGCUGAAAUGGAUGAUAACAUCAGUGAAAGACUAUUGGACAUGUUUCAAUUACAAGAUGGAGUUCACGAAGUUCAUGCUGUGGGUCUGGUGAUGAAGGCUAGUGAAAAUCGACUGAGUGACAGACAGAGGUACAUCUUUGACUCAGUGAUGUCUCUGUUUGGAAAAGAUCUGGAGAAGAACAUUGUUGCUCUCAUCACACACUCAGAUGGAGUAACACCUGAAAAUGCUCUCAAAGCUCUCGAAAUUGCAGAAAUUAAAUGUCCAAGAAAUGAAAAUAAUGAGCCUGUUCACUUCCUGUUUAAUAACCAACAGAUCAUAGAGAGAACAGAAAAAAAUGAAUUUUGUUUGGAGACAGCAUGGAGAAUAACAGAGAGAGGAAUGAAUGAGUUCACAGCUUUUCUAGAAAAAACUGUACCUGAAAAGUUGUUGGUAACAACUGAAGUGUUGCGUGAACGCUCCAGACUGAAAGCCUGCAUACAAAACUUGAAAGAGAGAAUAAAGUUUAUUGAAAUCAAGCAAACAGAAAUCAGACAGAAUCAAGAAGUGUUAGCGAAACAUAAAGAAGAGAUGCAAAACAAUGAGAAAUUCACUUUCGAAGCUCUGGAGUCUUACAAAGACAAAGAAUAUAUAGGAUCUGGGUGGUGGGGCUUAGGGUUUUAUAAAGGUACUGUCUGCUGCACAACCUGUGAGGAGAACUGUCACUUGAAUUGCAGAAUGGCCUGGUAUCCUGGGCACUGUGAUGUCAUGAAAGGAGGCUACUGCACUUCUUGCACCAGGAAGUGUCCUGCAUCAGAUCAUGUGAAAGGAAAGUGGAAAUAUGUGCAGAAAACAAGGAAAGUCUGGAAGACAUCAGAAGACAUGAAAAAGAAGUAUGAAAAAAAUAAGUCUGAAGGUCAAAAGCAGCUAAGCCUUCUGGAACACCUUCAAGGGGAAAUGAGCCAACUGACAGCAGAGAAGUCACAGUUACUUGGUGAGUCCUACCAAUGUCUUGUCACCCUGGAGCAGAUCGCUCUGAAAGCUGAUUCAGCAUCCACUUUCGUCCACUUGGACUUUCUCAUUGAUAAGAUGGAUGCGGAACAAAACACAGAGAAAGUCCAGAAACUGAAGGAGAUGAGAAAGAGAGUGGGUGAAGGAACCAGAGCAGGGUCACAGUAUAUAUUGGGAAAAAAACUAGAGAAGUGAAAAAGUGGGGUUAGGGGUAAGAAUGGAUGACAGAGCCUUUGUCCAGACAGAGACAGGAGAGGCAGUGCUCAUCCCCCAAACAAGUUGCCCUAUCUGACCCCGGAAAAAGUUUUGGGAAAGGUUCUUCCCACUGUAAUCCACUCCGAGGUGCUCGUCUUCCUCUGAUUAGCCGUGUGUUUUUUGUUUUGUUUUAAAUAAGGUAUGUAUUUUAUAAGUGUCUAUGUUAUGAUUUUACUGUGAAAAAAAUUAUGUAAUAAUGAAACAAAUAAAAUUAAUUAAAAUCAAUUCAGUUUUAUUUAUACACCGCCAAACAGUUGAUUCGAGGCGCUUCAUAUUGUAAGAUAGACCUACAAUAAUACAUAUAGAGAAAAGGGGUUAGGGUUGUGAGAUAGAAUGCAAUAACCCUCCCCACCUCGUCUGGCAACUAGGUGGUUGGAUAGAGGGUCAGUGGAGAUGCACGGGCUGCUGCACGUCAUGCCUAGCUCCCCAUUCCCCUACCUUGUCUCACUUCCCCUUCCGUCCCUGGAGGAUGACAGUUUAGCCCCCAGGAGACCCCGAGACAGCAACCUCAGUCAAUCCCCAUUGUAUGAAACCCUACAUUUUGUGUUUUAGGUCUGGUGUUUUGAGUGCUUUAUGUAUUCAAUUGUCUG